UGCUCUGAGACUCUGUGCUUGUUAUAGCUUGUGAACAUUAGUGCGGGGUCCCCACAGGAACAGAAUAUUCUGCUCACACAUACUACUUUAGUUUCAGAUUGUGCUCCUGUGUCGUCAUGCAGUAAAGUUAUUGCUUUAUGGCUGUACAGGUUUAACAGCCUGCAGUGCAGUUUUGAACCUCCCUCCCCUAUUUGGUGUUCUUUAAGAGGACCAUACACAUGUGAGGUGUGUUAUUGCAUGGCGCCUUGUGUUUAUGCAGUCCGUCCGUGUUCGGUGGUUAUCAAGUCAAGUCACUCGCUGCAGUCAGCCAUGCAGCAGGUGUUAGAUAAUCUGGGGGAGCUGCCCACCUCCACGGGCGCCAAAGACAUCGAGCUGCUCUUCCUGCGCGGCAUCAUGGAAAGUCCCACUGUAUGCUCCCUGGCUAAGGCUCACAAACAGCUGGAGGAGGUGAAGCUGGAGGCGGUGCAGGACAACAAUGUGGAGCUAGUGACGGAUAUUCUGGGGGACAUCAACAAUCUCACGGUGAAAGACAACGGCGCGGCCGAACUGUCCAGGAUCCUCAAGGAGCCACACUUCCAGUCUCUUUUGGAGGCACAUGACAUGGUGGCUUCUAAGUGCUACGUGGUCCCGCCCCCGACUGAGAUGGGCAAUGAUGCGGCACUGAACAGCGCUCUGAUGCAGGCAGAUGCUGUGCGCAUGAUUGGCAUCCGGAAGAACGCCGGAGAGCCACUGGGCGUGACAUUUCGUGUGGAGAAAGACGACCUCGUCAUCGCUAGAAUUCUUCACGGCGGCAUGAUCGACAGACAGGGUCUGCUCCACGUCGGCGACAUUAUAAAGGAAGUGAACGGGAAGGACGUCGGCAACAACCCCACUGAGCUGCAGGAGAUGCUCAAAGACUGCAGCGGGGGGAUCACGCUGAAAAUACUCCCGAGCUACCGAGACGCUCCCGCACCGCCGCAGGUGUACGUGCGCCCGUACUUUGAUUACGACCCGGCCAAUGACAACCUGAUCCCUUGCCGAGAGGCCGGGAUGGCCUUCAAGAAAGGCGACAUUCUUCAGAUCGUCAACAGAGAGGAUCCCAACUGGUGGCAGGCGUGCCAUGUGGUCGCUGGAGCGACGGGGCUGAUACCCAGCCAGUUCUUGGAAGAGAAGAGGAAAGCUUUCGUCCCUCGAGACGUUGAUGGAUCAGGGAUCCUUUGUGGGACCAUAGCUGGAAAAAAGAAGAAGAAGAUGAUGUACCUGACAGCCAAGAAUGCAGAGUUUGACAGACAUGAGCUGCAGAUCUACGAGGAAGUGGCAAAGGUGCCAGCGUUCCAGAGGAAGACGCUGGUUCUGAUUGGUGCUCAGGGCGUGGGCCGACGCAGCCUGAAGAAUCGGCUGAUGGUCCUCCAACCCACUCGCUUCGGCACCACGAUGCCCUACACUUCCCGGCGGCCCCGCGAUGACGAGCUGAACGGCAAUUCCUACCACUUCACUUCAAGGACGGAGAUGGAGGUGGACGUGAAGGCCGGCCGCUUCCUGGAGCACGGCGAGUACGACGCGAACCUGUACGGCACGAAGAUCGAGUCCAUCCACAAGGUGGUGGGCACGGGACGCACCUGCAUCCUGGACGUCAACCCACAGGCUCUGAAAGUACUGAAAACAGCGGAGUUCAUGCCUUAUGUGGUGUUCAUUGCAGCGCCAGAUUUUGACACGCUCAAGGCCAUGCACAAAGCUGUGGUGGACGCAGGCAUCACCACGAAGCAACUCACGGAUGUGGACCUGAGGAAGACGGUGGACGAGAGCGCUCGGAUCCAGAGGGCUUACAGCCACUACUUUGACCUGACCGUCGUCAACGACAACCUGGACAAGGCCUUCGAGGCGUUACGUGCCGACGUGGACACGCUGUGCAGCGAACCCCAGUGGGUCCCGGUGAACUGGGUUUACUGAGGACCAGCUACACUGACCACUCCGAGCGGGUCGCACUGUACCACCAGCAUGUCUGUGACCACAACGGCCAAAGAAGAGGAGAUUAAGGCAGUUAUUUCUGCAAAAUAACAUAAAUAGUAAAAAAAAAAUAUGGUAUUGCUCUUCCUCCUCUUGGGCCCGCACGCCGUGCAACGGUUUUUCUACUCAAAACUCAAAGGGAAAGAGUGCUUAUUUAUUUUAUAACUUUGUAUGAGAGAUCUUUCUAUUCAAUGUGGAAUUCCAUUGAGAAUGAGACAACGAAAUCUGGUCACGUACUCGGGGCCAUAUUUUUGCAUUAAUUUAUUGUUGUAGUCCCACUUCUUAUUUUGUAGUCAUUUCCGACGGAUUUAAUUUGUCCGUUCAGGAUUCAUGUUCCCCGUCCGAGCUCCAAUAGGAAGACGGGUGAGGGAGACGGACGAGGAGAUCGUCCAGGAAACCGGUCGGCGUCACUCUUCCAAACAUCUUAAUCCUUCGAUGUCCUUCACGUAGCUGGCCCCAAACGCCGUUAUCCGGUUCCUCCUCAAGAAUAACUGGGCGGGAUAAAGAAAACGCCUCGGUGUGCACAGAUCCUCUAGUAUGUAAAAGAACAACUUUAUACUGUUCUUUUUCAAGAUCAAACACAGUUAAUUUUGUCUGUUUUGUUUUAUUAUUCUAGUUUCUCAUCCGCGUGGUGAUUUAUACAUGUAUAGUGUUCCGUCACACUUCUGAGCCAUUGGUUUGUUUUUAAUUAUCCCGUCCGACGUACGACAUCUACGUCGUCAUCGGCCUCCUCAUCUUUGCCGUCUACAUAAGCCAAUUUGUGAAUGUUUUAUAUCUCCUUCUCCUAAGUGUUGCAGUAUGCCAAAGCCCUGAUCAUACUCCAAAUAAAGUUUGAAAUUCACCCUUUUGUUAAAUGUGAUUGGUAUUUGAACUACAGGGCUAUGCUUUUAAUAUACUACUUUAGUUAGGAAAUGCAUGCCACGGGUAAAUCUAACACCAUUCUAUGUCCUAAAGAUGUUGUAACUCUUUCAAAAUGGGUUAAAACUUCUUCUUUUUUUAAGUGGUUUGGCGAUUUGAAAAAUGACAACUUCCAAUGACUUUGUUCUGAAACCUGUUUUGGACUUCAAGAAAAUACAUUUAAAACCCCAAUACAUUACUUUGAAUGAAUAUUCUUAUAAAAUCUCAAUUUGU